AUGUCGUUGUCUGCCGUUGUAAGAGUCGAUGAUAGAGGCUACGAUAACGGCGUCAUCUCGGCCGUCCUCAUCAACCUGCACGAGGAUCUGAGCCACAACCGUCCCACCAAGGAGCAGGAGCUCAUCAUGUCAAUCGGGUCCGACGGAAUCCUCGUCGGUGUCAUUAUGGCGGGUCUAUUGGCGGACAAUCGUGGACGCAAAUUCGGGAUCUACGCCGGUUGCUUCAUGUUCCUCAUCGGCUCCAGACUUCAAGCGGCCGCCUUCUCCGUCGCUCAGAUGACCGUGGGACGGUUCGUCAUGGGGCUGGGAGAUGAAUCGGCGGCUAUGAUUAUUAUCCACCCGAGUGCACCGCCAAGCCCGGCAUGUGAAGCGGCCGGCUUCGGCGUCGUCGGCCACCAUUACCGCGAGAAGUGGGCCUGCAUCUUCCCGGCUUUGCAUCCAGCAAUAGACCAAUGCCUCGCUGUUGGUUGA